AUGUUCUUGACAAGAUCCGAAUACGACCGUGGGGUCAGCACUUUCUCUCCUGAAGGUCGUCUUUUUCAAGUUGAAUAUUCUUUGGAAGCCAUCAAGCUUGGGUCCACUGCAAUUGGGAUAUGUACUUCUGAAGGGGUGAUAUUAGCCGUGGAAAAAAGAGUCAAUUCGUCUCUUUUGGAAUCAUCAUCUAUAGAAAAAAUUGUGGAAAUCGAUAGCCAUAUUGGAUGUGCCAUGUCAGGGUUGACCGCUGAUGCCAGAUCCAUGAUUGAUCAUGCCAGAGUGGCUUCGUUGAACCAUGACUUAUAUUACGAUGAAAAUAUCUCCGUGGAGACCUUGACACAAUCAGUGUGUGACUUGGCCCUCAGAUUCGGUGAAGGGGUCGAUGGUGAAGAACGAUUGAUGUCUAGACCUUUUGGGGUGGCGCUUUUAAUUGCCGGGAUCGACGAGAAUGGUCCACAGUUAUACCAUGCUGAACCAUCUGGGACUUUUUACAAAUAUGAUGCCAAGGCCAUUGGUUCAGGUUCCGAAGGUGCUCAAGCCGAAUUAAAUAAUGAAUAUCACAAGUCUUUAACUUUGAAGGACGCGGAAUUAUUGGUGUUGAAGAUCUUGAAGCAAGUGAUGGAAGAAAAACUCGAUUCUAACAAUGCCCAGUUGGCCUCAGUGACAAAAGAACACGGGUUCCAAAUUUAUGACGAUAAAAAGACAACGGAAAUCGUUGAGGUUUUGAAGGCACAAGAAGCGGAACAAGAAGAUGAAGAAAUUACAGCUUAG